GUUGUGCCAUAAUCUCCAAACAUUUUCUCGAGAAUGUUUGUUGAAACUGUGAUUAGAUUCUCUCAUUUCAUCGCCGAAUCCAUCAUUAUCGUCUCCGUCGUCGUCUUCUCUCUCAAACUCUUCUUUAAAUUCGCUUGUUUCCUCGCCAGCCGUUCUUGGCGUCGUUACCGUACAUUCACGGUCCAUCAACGCCGGAGGUGGAGAAAAACCACGGCGGAGGAAAAACAUUCAUCACCGUACUGUACGAUUUGUCUCGAAUAUGCAACGGCAGGAGAAAAGAUGAGGAGGAUAUCGACGUGCAAUCACUGUUUCCACGCUGAUUGUAUCGAUCCGUGGUUGAAGAAGAAGUCCACGUGUCCUUUGUGUAGAGCUGAGAUACCGCCGGUGCCGCCGGGAAAUCCUCUGGUGGCGCUUUUUGUGCCACCCGGCGUGAUUGAGAUGUUCACCAAAGGAAUGAUCUCCGACGCGUAGGACUUUAGCUUCUCUUUCGUCAUCACAAACAUUAAGACAAAAUAUGUGUCGGUUGGAUAUUUUCUUAUCAAAUAAUAUUUACUGUAUAAU